AUGUGUGCAAUUGUUGAUGCUGGCUUCAUGCUGACAAGUGGACUUAUUACACCUUAUAGAGGAGUUCGGUAUCACUUGAAAGAAUAUUCGGCAAAAAAUCCACCCCAAAAUUACAAAGAAUUGUUUAAUCUCCGACAUGCAUCUUUACGCAAUGCAAUUGAAAGAGCUUUUGGUGUAUUGAAAAAAAGAUUUGAGAUUAUAUCUAAUUCAACAGAGCCCAAUUAUGGAGUCAAAGCUCAAAAAUUAAUCAUUUUUGCAUGUUGUAUUCUUCACAAUUAUCUAAUGAGCGCAGACCCAGAUGAAGACCUUAUAGCUGAAGUAGAUGCUGAACUUGCAAAUCAAAAUCUAUCUCAAGAAAAUCAUCAAGCUUCAACAAGUGAUAGGGACGAAGUUGCUUUGGGCGGGCUUAUGGCAUCGAAAAAGCAAUUAUCAACCAACAAUGGUAACUCUAGGACUUUGAGUUGGACUAGAGCCAUGGACGAUGCUCUUGUUGAUGCUUUCAUGCAUGAAUUUGAAAAUGGUAACAAAGUUAAUGGUACCUUCACAUCAACAGCGUAUGACCAUAUUACAGCUGAAAUCAGUGCAUUAUUUGGGGGAAAAAUUGACAGGGUGAAGAUAAAAAACCGUUGGAAAACUUUGAAAAAAAACUUCACCGAAUAUUACGACAUUUUUAAAGGUGGUAUGAGUGGAUUUUCUAUGAAUCCAACUACACAAUUAUGGGAUGCUGAGCCAGAAGUUUGGGAUGCUCUAAUUGCGUCAAAACCAAAAGCGGCAUAUUGGAGAAAUGUUCCACUUCCAAAUUAUGAGAAAAUGGUGACACUUUAUGGACCCAACCGAGCUGAUGGCGAUGAAUCGGAGACUUUAAAGGAGACAAGAAAACAAAGUUCAUCGGUCAUCGAUGAAGACUUUGUAGAAACUAUUCAAGACAUUGAUGGUCAUGUUGCUCAAAAUGAGGUGAAUUUAGAGGGUUUUGAUGCUCCUCGUUUUGAUUUUACUGUACCUGAAACACAAUCAUCAGACCCUUCUCCUAUAGCAAGUGGUAGUAAAAAGAAGAAAUUGAAAGUGGCUAAGAAUAAAGAGUCAAACAAUGAAAUGAUUGAAAUGAAAGAGUCAAUGAAUAUGGUUGCUGAGGCAAUACGAGAAGGAAAUGAAAUAAUGAGAGAACGUCAAAAAUAUGAUCUGCCUCCAAUUUCUGGUCAAGAAACAUGGAAUUUAAUAGAGGGUUGCGGGUGUGAGGCAGCGUCAGUGCCUGAGAUAUAUUGUGCUGUCAUGAAAGAUGUUAACAAGCUUAGAAUGAUUCUCCAAUGUCCACUUGAAGCACGCAAAGCUGUGAUAAUGCAACUGGUCUUUGGUUCAUCAGAUUAAUCAUCCUAUAAUGGUGCUAUGAUGUUUAUGAAUACUUUAUUUGCAUUUUAAUAUGUUUUUUAAUAUUUGGAACACUUGUUUGAAUAUUUACGAAUAUUUUGGAGGUUGUACGAUGUACUUUGUUUGAAUAUUUUCUUCCGUGUUUUAUUGA